GACUAUAUAGAGGUGUUGUAUAUAGACAUAAUAUUAACGUCGCCAGUUAUUAUUUAGUUUAAUCCUACGCCGCUCCUCCACCGCGACCGGAGCAAGAGACCACACCGGUGUCCGACAACUGUAGUAAUAUAAUAUAUCAUAUAAUAGCAUUAAAAUUUACGUAUAUUAUCGUUAGACAUUGAGUAAACACGACGACUGCGACGACGACGAUAUGGGAAAUUUUAGUUUUGUAUCACUAGCAUUAUUUGCAAUUGGAUCAACUGCUAUAUUCGUACCAAACAGUUACCGGAAACCGUGGACCGAUAAGGAAAAUCACUUUUUUGGAGGGAAGAAAUGGGUGGUUUUAGUAGCCGGUUCGGAUGGAUGGAACAAUUACAGACAUCAGGCAGACAUAUGUCAUGCAUACCAAAUAAUUCAAGGAAACGGAAUACCUAAAGAAAAUAUCAUUACGAUGAUGGUAGAUGACAUUGCGUACAAUCGAAGGAAUCCAACGCCGGGAAAGAUAAUUAAUCAACCCAAUGGUACGGACGUAUAUGAUGGAGUUGUUAUUGACUACAAAGGGAUGGAUGUGAACAGCGCAAACUUCUUAAAAAUUAUCACCGGAGACAAAAAGGCCAUGAAAUCCAUCGGAACUGGAAAAGUAAUUGAAGGAGGACCGAACGAUAGUAUAUUCAUUAAUUUUGUGGAUCACGGUACAACAGGAAUAUUAGGUUUUCCAGACGAUUAUUUGUACGCCGAUCAAUUGAACGAAGCUUUCAAAACUAUGUUUGCAUCUGCGAGUUAUAAAAUGGUGUUGCUAUACAUUGAAGCGUGUAAGGCGGGUUCUAUGUUUGAUGGAAUACUCCGCGACAACACAAAUGUUUUGGCAGUAACUGCAUCAGGACCCAGGGAAAAUUCUUAUGCAUGCUAUUGUAGAUCUCAAUCUGGGCCAUACAGUACAUGUCUUGGAGAUUUGUUCAGCGUCACGUGGAUGGAAAAUUUGGACGCAACGAUAUUCGAUUCUUCUACGAAAAAAAGAACUGUCUUCAACGAUUUCAAUGAGGUGAGAACUAACGUCACUGAUAGCAACGUCAUGGUGUACGGUGAUUUCAAAACGGGUCACGAAAAGCUCUCCGCGUUCAUAGGCUACAAGAACCGUAAUGAACAUCCGCCAGCCAAGCCAAAAAUGACCAAAACAAUUGAUCAUAAGAUCACGGUGUCCAGUAGAGACGUGCGCGAAAAUACCGUGCAACAAAAACUGGCAGACUACGAGUUGCCAAUUUCGGAAAGACGCCAUUUGUCAACGGAAUUACGCCGGAACAACGAAAUGAGAUUGAUCAUCGACAGAGCACUCCGGAACAUUUACUCGAAGGUUGUAAAGGCUAGACCGGAAAUCAUGAAUAAAGUCGGUAACUUUGACGAACCCAAUCAUCUAGACCUCUCGUUAGACAUGUUUCCGUGUUACAGAAGUAUCCUAAAUAAAAUCACGGAGAGCUGUUUUUCUUUGCCACGGAAUCCUUAUGUUUUGGAUCGAUUGACGAUUUUCGCAAACUUGUGUGUUGUUGAUAAACACAUACACCAGAUGGUCGAAAAAAUAGUCAGUGCAUCGUGUUCAAAUAUUCAAAAACAGCAUAUUAUAAAAAACGUAUAUUAAAAUUGUAGCAUAUCCGUAGAAGUAUUUGUCUACGUGAAAAUUAUGUGUGUAAUAGAUAUACUAAUAUCUAAUGCGAUUAUAAUACUACAAAAAAAAAAAAUAAUAAUUGAAAUACUAUUAUAC